ACGCGCGGCGCCACGGACCAAAAAACCGAAUCGUAUCAAAUCGAAUCGAAUCGGAUCGGAUCGAACAUAUUCAGUGAUCUAUAUAGCUUCGGAUCUCCGGAACGAUCUCGCAUCGAAGUGCGGCGAAGUUUUCCUAUUUUUUUCCAGUGCCCAUCAAAGUCUAUAAUUAAAUAUUGUUUAUUGCCCGUUUAAUCGGCGGAGGAGAGCAGAACUCCCUGGAUGUCAAUAACGAUCAUGCAUCACCUGCCCAUCACAAUGCUUCUCGCCAUCCUGCUCACACUCGCAUCAACGGUGGCGGGAGGAGCUGAAGGAGCGACAAGGACGGCAACAGAAACAUCGCGAACAGGAAUCGGAACGAAACCGGAAACGGAAAUGGAAUUGGUGGAAGCGAAGGAGACGGAAGCGCCCGUUCGCGAGGUGAUAUCGCUGCUGGGCAUGAGCGAUGCGAUCGAGUCCGUUAUCCUGGUUCCGGAUGCCGACGACAAGUGUCCUGGCGGAUACUUCCACUGCAACACGACCGCACAGUGUGUGCCGCAGCGAGCGAACUGCGACGGAAGCGUCGACUGCGACGACAGCUCCGACGAGGUGAACUGCGUGAACGAGGUGGACGCCAAGUACUGGGACCACCUGUACAGGAAGCAGCCGUUCGGCAGACACGACAAUCUUCGGAUUGGCGAGUGUUUGUGGCACAACGAAAACUUUAGCUGUCCUUGUCGGGGAGAUGAAAUUCUUUGCCGAUUUCAGCAGCUUACCGUUAUACCAGGACGACUGCCGCAGCAUGAUCUGGCAACUCUAGAUCUAACGGGAAACAAUUUCGAAAUCAUUCAUGAGGACUUCCUCAGUGAACUGCCAGACGUGGAAAGCUUAGUUCUGAAGUUCUGCUCAAUCCGUGAGAUUUCCUCGCAUGCAUUCGAUCGCCUGGCGGACAACCCACUGAGAACCCUUUAUAUGGACGAUAAUAAAUUACCGCAUCUGCCGGAACACUUCUUCCCCGAGGGCAAUCAAUUGAGGAUUCUAAUUUUGGCACGUAACCGCCUGCAAACUCUGAAACGAACCGAUUUCCUUAAUCUGCAAAAUCUGCAAGAGCUUGACCUGCGCGAUAAUCGAAUUGAAAACUUUGAAGCUGAGGUGUUUGAAAAGCUGGCCAACUUGGAAAUGCUCUAUCUUAACGAGAAUCACUUGAAGCAACUGAACGCGAAUACAUUUCCGAGAACUCUGCUAAAACUGCUCACUUUGUCCUUGGCUCACAAUCAGAUCGAGGACAUUGCCGCCAACACAUUUCCCUUUCCACGCCUCAAAUACUUAUUUCUGGCUGGCAAUCGAUUAUCCCACAUACGAGAUGAAACCUUCUGCAAUCUGAGCAAUCUACAAGGAUUGCACUUGAACGAAAACCGCAUCGAGGGAUUCGAGCUGGACGCGUUCGCCUGUUUGGAGAACCUCAGCUCGCUGCUGCUAACGGGCAAUCGCUUUCAGACCCUGGAUCCGCGGGUUCUGCGGAACCUGAGCAGCCUGGAUUACAUUUACUUUUCGUGGUUCCAUUUGUGUAGCGCCGCCAUAAAUGUGAGGGUCUGUGAUCCCCAUGGCGAUGGCAUCAGCAGCAAGCUGCACCUCCUGGACAAUCAGAUACUGCGAGGCAGUGUCUGGGUGAUGGCCUCGAUUGCCGUGGUGGGCAACCUGCUGGUCCUGCUGGGCCGCUACUUCUACAAGUCGCGGAGCAACGUGGAGCACUCGCUCUACCUGCGCCACCUCGCCGCCAGCGACUUCCUGAUGGGCAUUUACCUGACGCUGAUUGCCUGCGCGGACAUUAGUUUCCGCGGCGAGUACAUCAAGUACGAGGAGGCGUGGCGCCACAGCGGAAUCUGUGCCUUUGCAGGCUUCCUCAGCACCUUCAGUUGCCAGUCGUCCACGCUGCUGCUCACAUUGGUCACCUGGGAUCGUCUGAUGUCUGUGACGAGGCCCCUCAAGCCCCGGGAUACGGAGAAAGUUCGAAUUGUCUUUCGACUGCUGUUCUUGUGGGGCAUUAGUUUCGGAUUGGCUGCGGCUCCACUUUUGGCUAAUCCUUACUUUGGAAACCACUUUUACGGCAACAAUGGUGUCUGCUUAUCACUGCACAUCCAUGAUCCCUAUGCAAAGGGCUGGGAGUACUCGGCACUUCUUUUCAUCUUCGUCAACACGUUGUCACUGGUUUUCAUCCUGUUUUCCUACAUAAGAAUGCUGCAGGCAAUCCGAGAUUCCGGUGGCGGAAUGCGGAGCACUCACAGCGGUCGAGAAAAUGUGGUAGCCACUCGCUUCGCCAUUAUUGUGACCACCGAUUGCGCCUGCUGGCUGCCCAUAAUUGUGGUCAAAGUGGCAGCUCUUUCAGGCUGCGAAAUCUCACCCGAUCUUUACGCCUGGCUGGCGGUGCUGGUGCUCCCGGUGAACUCGGCCCUCAAUCCGGUGCUCUACACGCUGACGACGGCGGCCUUCAAGCAGCAGCUGCGCCGCUACUGCCACACGCUGCCCAGCUGCUCGCUGGUGAACAACGAGACCCGAUCCCAGACCCAGACGGCCUACGAGUCCUGACUAAGCGUCAGCCUGGCCCACUUGGGUGGCGGCACGGGCGGAGGAGGAUCGGGGCGAAAGCGUCAGUCGAACCGGCAGAUGAGCUAUCUGUAAGGAGCGAAACUGGCCAGGAACGAGCAGCACGAGAUCAACAGACUUACAUAGAAAUGGGGCAAGAGGG